GAGCCAAGAUGUUUGAAAAUUUUAGGAUUUUGGGAACAGAGGCUGGCAGGAAGGGAUGUGUGUGGAAGAAAGUGGUGCUGGGGGUUAUUAUGAUAGGGGCUUGGGUGAGCGCGAUUGGAGAAGAGUCUAGGAACCUUGGUGCUACUUGUACAGGAGGGAAGAGUGUUAAUAGGAAUUGGAGAAGGACCUUCACGAUUGAUGGUAUUAGUGAGUGAAAUAUUAAAGAAGCACAUUAUGGGCAAAACGGUGCAGUUUAUUUGAGUGGGAUCGGAGCAAGUGAUUCGGAGUACUUCUUACUCCGCCUUGAAGUUGAAACACUGACUUUAACUUGGAUUCUUACUCACACAAGAAAAUGGUACACUUCUCUAGCCUCAGAUGAAAGCUAUAUCUUUGCCGCUGAACACUUAGUAGAUCACGUUAUUCUUGAGAUUAAUGCAAACACAGGAGUUAUUGACAGGAAAUACAAUUUAUAUAACGGAGUGAGGAAUACAUAUUAUACAGGAAUAACAUCGAAUAAAGCUAAUCCUCCUGUAUUAUAUUCUAUAUCCAACGCCAUUCCUGCUGAUUCACCUCAUUUAUGGAUUAAGAAUGCUGGUUCUUCUAGUGGAUCUUAUGCUACCUUUACAAAUUUAAGAGAUAUUGGAAAGAUUGCUCACAGCAGUGCAGAGAAUAAGCUAUUGAUACAUCAUGAAAUAAGUCAAAAUCUGUAUCUCUCGAUUAUGAAUGUGGCUUCUGGUUCAUUUUUAAUCAACAGAUACUUUUUAUAUGAUUGUCCUGAGGCUGUCUGAAGCAAUGACUUUGAGAAUUCUCAUCUUGUGAUGAACCCAGAUAAUGACAGAUAUGGAUUUGUGUUGUUGGAUUACAUUGUUGAUGGUGGAAAUAAGCGUUACUUUUUGUUCAACAAGGUUGACAUGCAAACUCCUUCGACUGAUCCAACAGUCUAUGCCUCAACUGGGGGUGAUAGUGCUGGAGUAAAUAGUAUGAGGAUAAAAGACAAUAUUGUGUAUUUGUUGUUUUCUAAAAGAUUCUCUACUGGAGAAACAAAGAAUAUUCUCUCCAUUUAUAACGAAACAGUAGGAGGAGAUCCAUUUGAUCAGUUCCAUGAAUGUCUUGGAGACUAUGUGAAGAAAACAUGUAAUUCAGCAUACGUUACAACAAGUUCCUUUGUAAAUAAUGGAGGAAAUAUCGAUGAAAUGAUCAUUGGAAGCGAGAUGAUAUUUCUGGGAACUUACAGCAGUAAAUGAGUAAUGAUAAUCUCAAACCUUGAUGUGCUAGACAGAAGUUUAGAUUGGGAAAACCAAGCUCUAGGGAUAUCAUAUGUUGAAAAUCCUCCAGAUUCAGCUCUUUGGCAGAGAACAACUGGUGAUAAUUUUUUUCCAUUUUCGUCAGGAUCUUAUACUUAUGGAAGCUCAGGAGCUGAGCCUACUCUUGGGGGUUCCAUCACUGUUUAUUCAGGUUCAGAAAUAUACAAAAAUGAUUAUGUACAAUCUACAGACUCAAUUUAUCAGAACAUAAGCAAAGGUCAAUCAGGAGAUCUCAAUAUUGACACUGUAUGAAGUGUUAGGCAAGUAUAUUUACUAAUAUCUAGUGGUGAAAUGGAUUUUACUUUCUCCCUUACAAACCAAUCAAGCGAGGAAGUGAAUAAAAUUCUCUUUGUUGACUUCAAAUCAGGCUUUUUAAUCAUUAACUCCACCGACAACAGUCUGCUAGAUAGAAAUUUUACAGCAAAUCUGAGAGUUGAGUCUACAUCUAUGAGACAACCUAUAAACAUCCCUAUCGCCAUCGAAGAGACGCAUAUUUUGAAGCAUCAGCUCGAUACUCAGGAGGAGGUUUUACUGGGAGCAUUUGGAGUUUCUUUAAUAAUAGGCAGUUUUUCAUUAUUAUCCCCUAAUCCAAGCUUCAACGGUCUCUGGAUGAUCAUAAAUCAGCAACAACUAUUGAUUCUAAUGAUGAUGAUUGAUACACAGAUCCACUCUGAUGUGAGGUUCUACAUCACUAGAACUGAAUUUAUAAUAUUCAGCUUCAAAGGAAUCUCUCUCAAAGACUUAUCUGAUUAUGUAGGAAUUUCUGCAGAGCUCAAGAAAAUGGAGAGACCUCAAAAUUUGCAAGGGCUGAUUGAAAUAGAAUAUGAAAGUCUAUCAGCCGCCCAAUCAAAUAUAGAAAUUGGAAUCUUCCUCAUCAUCUGUGUCAUUUGUCAACUAUUUCUUAUCGUAAUCUGGCUCUCCUGUGGGUGAGGGUGUAGAUGCUGCAGAUUAGCAAAGAGGAAAAUGAAAGAGAAGCGUCGGGUUGAGAAAAGAGAAGAGAACAAAAAUCAGGAAAAUGAUAAGGAAGCUCAUGAAGAUGAGGAUGAAGGAUGAGAAAGUUCUUUAAACCCAUGUUGUAUAUGCUUUUGAAAAUGUUUGUGUAAGAGCUGAGGAUGGUGAUGCAGAAAGUCAACGCUAUGGUCAAAAAUGAAAGAGCAUCUUCCUUUCAGGUUUUUCUUUAACCUCUAUGUCAGAGUAUUUCUUGAGUCUCUGUUUAUCGUAUCUGUUACUGCUCUCAAUGAGCUUUUGAAGAACUAUGACACCUCGACUCCUGCAUAUAAGACAUCAUGCUACAUAUCAAUGGCUCUACUAUUUAUCUGUGUGGCAUUUAUACUGUUUUGCCUCUUUUAUUUCAUCAAGCAUUUCAACACUGAUCUUGAGGAUGAGGAAGUUCCUAAACCUUUAUUUGAUGUGCUAUUUGAUGGAGUUAAAUCAGGAAUAAAUAGAAUUUACCAUUUUCUGCUUAUAUUCAGAAAAUUCGUCUUCUGAGUGGUAGUAUUUAUUCCGGGUCUCAAGUCAGGGAUUAUAUUUGGAAUCUUGUUCUUUCUUCAGUUCAUUUAUUGGAUUCAGUGCACUGGGAUCAGGAAAUUUAAAAGCGGGUGGCUCACGUUUGGAGAAAUAGCGACUGAGUUCAUCCUGAUGAUCUUCCUUGCGAUCUUCUUCCUGUGGAAUACACAUUCUGACUGGAGUGAAGAUAAUGAUGUUACGAUGAGAGAAGUUGUUAUCUUCCUGAUAAUGCUCAACACAGUUCUUAUAGUCUUCUUGCAACUAUGUUCUUUAUUCUGAGAAAUGAUCAAAUUAUGCCACCGUAGGACUUCCCUUUCAGUAGAACCAGAUGAACAUCAGAGGGCUCCAAGAAAAAGUAAUGUUGAGAAUAUUCACAACAUGACCAAAGACCGUUUAAAAUCCGACCAGGUAUUGUGUCUAGGAACAUCUUUAGAAAAGAGAAAAUGUAGGUUUGUAUGAAGAUGAAAGCAAUAAGAUGAGGACUGGUAAGAAAAUGACCAAGUACAAAUUAAACAAAGGUCUUAAAGAAGAAGUAGAGAAGGAUCCAAAUAGAUUUAAACUUCCAAGAAUUAAAAAAUAAUCUUUGC